AUGAAAUCACUUUUAUUUUCAGCUAUAAUCUCCGUGUGCUGGGUGUCGGGUGUGGGCGUUGGACUUUUACCCCUUUUCGGAUGGCAUAAUGGGAACCCCGCAACUCCUGGCUGUUACUUCGUUGACGUUAUGGACUACAACUACCUCUUAUUCCUGUACUUCGCAACUAUUGUCACGCCCAGUGUGCUUCUGGUCGCGUUCUACGCUCACAUCUAUCGUGUCGUUAUAAAACAGCUCAGUGAGGUGAUGACAGUCGACGGCAGCAGAGGGCGAAUAUCCGGCGGAGGCACCAUGUUACGAGUCCUCGGAGCCGCUCAAAAAAGGGAAGUCAAAGCCACACAAAAUCUCGCAAUCAUAGUGUUCUUCUUCAUUGUAUGCUGGAUUCCACUUUACACUAUUAAUGCAGUGAAAGCAUUCAGGCCCGAACUGGACAUUCCAAACUCUUUGACAUAUUUCUGCGUUAUCUUUUCUCACUUCAAUUCUGCUAUUAACCCCUUUUUAUAUGCAUAUCACUUAAAAGAUUUCCGAGCAGCGCUCAAGGGACUUAUCUGCACUGUUUUUGGUAGAAGAGCUACUAUGGAGGCAGCUCUUAGACCACCGAUACCUGUCGGACGACCCGCAUUAGAAAGAUGCAAUGCUUUAAGAGAGAGGCCAAAAAUAUAUGUGAAUUCUCCAGUAUGGUUAAGGCAGAAAGAAGCAGAAAUGAGUUCAACAGAUGCAAGUAGGGCAGUUGUGAUUGUGACUCCAGUUGCUCCAGACGUCGAACCGUUUUUGAAUAAAGUUGCCGAUGGAUCCAGUCGUUGUCAUACUCCUGAAGCCAGGGACAGUGAGGCUGGCCCUUACCUUAUUCAGUCUAACGAAGAGAGAUGCCAAAGCCCUUACAAACGUGUUGAAGAAUUAAUCCGGAGGGUUCGCAGUGGAGAUCAUAGCUGA